UUCAAUGGAAUUUAAAAUUUAUGUAAAUGAUCCUACCUUUAAUGCAAGUGAUUAUUUGGGUCUACCAUAUGCUACACUUUCGUUGAUAGUUACAGUUCCCGAUAUUGGCUAUGCUGAAUAUGUUAAUUCAGUAUUUUUAUCUCAUAAAGAUUUACUUGGCUCAAAUUCAAGAUUUAUUAACACGAUUGAUGUUCUGAAUACCUAUGCUAUUUCAGUAUACAAUUCUUAUAAAUUUAAAUUAACAAGAAGAAGAAAAGACAUUAUGCUUCCAAGUUGGGAAAAUUUUAUGGGAUUUUCAUCUAAACUUUUACAAUUACCAUAUUACACAUCGUCAAUGGAAACAUUUCCACUUCUAAACGACACACCAGGAUUAUUUCUAAAAAUGACAAUUGAACAACCAACAUACACUGUUCAAGUUGAGACAGAUAAAAGAACCAAAACUAAAUAUGGAUGUGGAAUAAAUCGUUCAGUACAAGCCAAAUUGAAGGAUAAUCUGGAAUAUAUUCCAUUAGUCAAUCGUCCAAAAUCCACUUCUUUAAAUAAUUAUGAAUUGAAAAGAAGACUUGAUUCAUUACAAUUGUUUUUAACAGAAUAUGUUGUUGACGUACGAUAUUUUGAAGGGAUUUAUAAAACUAAUACAAAUAAACAUAAAAAAG